AUCUGCCAGUCGUCGGAGCGAUUUGCGCAACUUUGACCCGAGCCGGGCCACGGGCCUGGCGUGGAGUGCGUGGCCCGCGGCGGCGGCGACCGGUGCGGGGGAAGCCGGAGCGCGGAGGGCGCGCGGCGAGGAUCCGGUGGUGGGGGGGCUGCUGAGCCGGCCCGCCUGCUUCGGUGCCGGCGGUCAGUCCGGUGCGCGCGGCCUCCCCGGGUCCGGGACGAAUCCCCUCUCCAGACGACUUCCCAAAUUACUUCUUUUUCCUUUUAUUUUAUUUUGGGGUGGGGGAGGGGGAGGGAAGGUGGAGGCGGGAGGCCGCGCUUGAUUGACGGGCCCGGAGCGCGCUUCGCUAACUUCCAGCUGCGGCCGGGCUGUCGGUGGGAGGGGAGCGUCCCGGAGCCGGAGGCCGCAGACUUGGGCGCGCUCCGAGGGAGGAGGCGGCUGGGCCGCGCGGAUUCCUGCUUCGCUCUUUCCCACCCCCUCUCGUCAGCACACACGCUUUUUGUUCGGGUCAAAAGUGGUCUGAUUACUAGAAGAUGGCGAAGGCCAGCCACAGCAGCUAUGUCCUUCAGCAGCUCAACAACCAGAGGGAGUGGGGUUUCCUCUGCGACUGCUGCAUUGCUAUCGACGACAUUUACUUCCAGGCACACAAAGCGGUCUUGGCUGCCUGCAGCUCCUAUUUUAGAAUGUUCUUCAUGAACCAUCAGCACAGCACUGCACAGCUGAAUCUCAGCAACAUGAAAAUAAGCGCUGAGUGUUUUGAUCUCAUUUUGCAGUUCAUGUAUUUAGGAAAGAUUAUGACUGCUCCUUCCAGUUUCGAGCAGUUCAAGGUGGCAAUGAACUACCUACAGCUGUACAAUGUUCCUGACUGCUUAGAAGACAUACAGGACGCAGACUGUUCUAGUUCAAAGUGUUCGUCUUCCGCUUCAAGCAAACAGAACAGCAAGAUGAUCUUUGGGGUGAGGAUGUAUGAAGACACGGUGGCUAGGAAUGGCACCGAAGCCAGCAGGUGGUGUGCAGAGCCCAGCUCGACGGUGAAUACACCACAUAACAGAGAGCCCGACGAAGAGCCUUUACAGCUAGCUAGUUUUCCUGAGCCAAUAUUUGAUGUGUGUAAAAAAAGCUCUGUGUCCAAGUUAUCUACUCCAAAAGAACGUGUGUCACGACGCUUUGGGCGGAGUUUUACCUGUGAUAGCUGUGGGUUUGGCUUCAGCUGUGAGAAGUUACUAGACGAGCAUGUGCUGACCUGCACUAACAGACAUUCAUACCAAAGCACGGCGAGAGCUUACCACCGAAUAGUAGAUAUUAGAGAUGGCAAAGAUAGUAACAUCAAAGCGGAACUGGGUGAAAAGGAGUCUUCCAAAACAUUUUCCGCACAGACAGACAAAUACAGAGACGACGCCAGCCAGGCGCCCGAUGAUUCAGCUUCGACCACUGCAAGCAGAAAAGGCACAGUGGAGUCUGGAAUGGCGGCUGGUGAAGACAAAAGUAGAGCCACCGAGACGAAAAGAAUUAUUAUCAAGAUGGAGCCAGAAGAUAUCCCUACAGAUGAGAUGAAAGACUUCAACAUCAUUAAAGUUGCUGACAAAGACUGCAAUGAGUCCACGGACAAUGAUGAGUUAGAAGAUGAACCCGAAGAGCCGUUCUAUCGAUACUAUGUUGAGGAAGAUGUCGGCAUUAAAAAGAGUGGAAGGAAAACCCUAAAGCCUCGGAUGUCCGUAAGUGUGGAUGAAAGAAGUGGUUUAGAAGGUAUGAGACCCCCCACCAAUAGCAGUCCAGGGCAGGAGGAUGCUGACAAUGCCUCUUGUGAGUUGUGUGGGCUCCCAAUAACCGAGGAGGACCUGUCAUCUCAUUAUUUAGCCAAACACAUCGAAAACAUCUGCGCAUGUGGUAAAUGUGGACAAAUACUUGUCAAGGGCAGACAGCUUCAGGAACACGCUCAGAGAUGUGGAGAGCCUCAGGAUCUGACCAUGAACGGGCUGGGAAAUGCCGACGAGAAGAUGGACAUGGAUGAGAACCCUGAUGAGCAGUCUGAGAUAAGAGACAUGUUUGAAAUGCUAGAUGACUUCAGGGACAAUCAUUACCAAAUAAACAGUAUCCAGAAAAAGCAGCUAUUUAAACACUCUGCUUGUCCUUUUCGGUGUCCCAAUUGUGGCCAGCGUUUCGAAACUGAAAACUUAGUGGUCGAGCAUAUGUCUAGCUGCCUAGACCAGGAUAUGUUUAAGAGUGCCAUCAUGGAAGAAAAUGAAAGAGAUCACAGACGAAAACAUUUUUGUAAUCUGUGUGGAAAAGGAUUUUAUCAGCGCUGUCAUUUGAGAGAACACUAUACUGUUCAUACUAAGGAAAAGCAGUUUGUGUGUCAGACAUGUGGAAAGCAGUUUUUAAGAGAGCGGCAGUUGCGUCUGCACAAUGACAUGCACAAAGGCAUGGCCAGGUAUGUCUGUUCCAUUUGUGAUCAAGGAAACUUCCGAAAACAUGACCAUGUACGGCAUAUGAUUUCCCACUUGUCUGCUGGCGAGACUAUAUGCCAGGUCUGCUUUCAGAUAUUCCCAAAUAAUGAGCAACUGGAGCAGCAUAUGGAUGUUCAUCUCUAUACGUGUGGAAUAUGUGGAGCAAAGUUUAAUUUGAGGAAGGAUAUGAGAUCACAUUAUAAUGCCAAGCAUUUGAAAAGAACCUGAGGGGCUUCCUACUGUACGGAUGUUUAGCUGAUAGGCAGGACACCAAAGCGAAAAGGAGAUGAGCUAUUUAGACACUGAUUUUACAAGAAGUGUUGGGAAAACUUUUCAUGGCCCUUUUACUUUAACAUUUUUGUUUAGGACCUUAAGUAUAUUUUAGGCAUUAAAUGUUAUCAUUUUUGAUGUUUUUAAGAGCAUUCUUUGUUCGUAGUUUUUUUAACUACCAUUAAAGUUACUUUUCAAUGUAGACUGUAAGUGGCUAUUAUCCCUUCAAUGACUAUUAAACUAGUGUUUUUUUUUUAAACCAAUAAGGUAAUGAUUUCACUAUUUCUAUGUACUUUGAUUUUAAGGUUAUCCUAUGAAAUUUUAAACCCUAGAUCAUUGACCAUUCCUACUUAAAUUUUUAAAAGAAUUUUUACAUAAUUAUUUAAAAACUAUCCUAUUCAUUUUUAGCUUCUUUUUUGGCUUUGCUUUUUGGGGGUUUUUAUUUUUGCUUUUUUGUCUUUUUGUCAGUUGUAUAGUGGGGUGUCUACUGUUCAUUCUCCCUUAUCAAUGAAAUCCAUAUUCUUAAAUUGACAAGCUUAGGCAAGUGAGGUGCACUGAAUCUAACCUAUAAGGUGGACAUGGGCUCAAUCCUGGCCUAAGAUUGAUGGACCUAAGGAAAUUCCUAUAAAUGAACAUUUCCUAUAAUUGAUAAAAUAUUAUCAUUUAAUAAUCACAUUUAAAACUUAUAUUAAGUGUAAAUCCCAAUGACUUUUCCUCACUUGAGAAAUUAGUGGGGAUAAGCCAUUUCAUUUUGUGAUACUGAAUUUAACUAUGAUAGUUAAUUAAAAAGACAUCUUGUAUUCAUUAAAAUAUUUUAAUUUAAAAAUAUUCUGAUUUCUAAAGUGUGUUAGUUUAUCAAUUAUUUUGUUUUUAAAUAAGACUUUAAUAGCUCUUUAGGAAUAUGACAUUUAAGGAAAAAUUAUUUUUCAUUUUUAAAAUUACUUUGGAACUGAGAUUUGAAAAAGCUGCCAUGUAUAUUGAUAAAUCUAAUAAAAUAAAGAAAUCAACUAUAAAUCUGGUUGUUCUAUAAAAGUAGAGUGCACAAAGGUGUGUCGUGUUUUACACUAAGAUUUGGAGGAAGUGUGUUGUGGCAAACUGCAGUUUAUCGCUAUGUUUUAUAUAUCAUCUUCUGUAAAAGAUACAAGAUUGAGGACUAUUAACUAAUCACAGCAUAUAACUGGAAGCAGUCUACUGUCAGGUGACGCAGUCAUACUGUCGGUUGCCGACAGUGUCUAUAACCAUCAGUUACAUGUGAGCUAAAACACUGGCGAAACAACCCACCCAUAAACACAUCUAGAGACUAGAGUGCCUUUUAACGUGAGUUACUUGAAACCCCCUUCUUAGAUGAAAAGGGAUUAACAGUAUGGCUCUGAUUUGUGGAUAGUAGUUUAAAAGCAUUGCUCUUCUUGCUCUCAAUAUUUUUAAGGCACGCAAAUCAUUUUUACAUGCUAUUUGCAUAAAAGCAUAAGUUGCCAAGAGAACUGAGAGACGGGUUGGCUAGGACAGGGUUAGCUGAAAGUACUCGAGCACUGAGUGCGCACAAAUCCAUGGCGUGUGUUGGAGUAUUAGUGAGGACAGGAGGGUGUGCAAGCCAAGCCGGUUGAAACCUGAUCUUGGUAAGAGAGACACAAAAACAUGAGGAGAUCGUGGGAAUUAGUUAAUGGGAAAAGCUGAAAGGUCACUCAUUUUAAAAUCUCUUAGAUCUAAUAGUUUAACAAGUACUUAAAACUGACAAGAAAAUAUAAGAUGUGUUCCUGGAUUACUGGGAAACACCUGACAAGUGUUCUCACAAAGCCAGACAUUAAAGAGCAGUGUAAAGGAAGGGAAGACAAAGUCAAGUUAUACAGUGUUGGGGGUCAGGGGGGUCUUCAUUUGGGGGGUCACUUUUCCCUGUCAGAAUUCCUGUUGCAAGGAUUCUCCCACUUUUUAAAUAUCUCUUUUUGAGGAGGGGACCCCUCUUAUGAGGGAGAGGGGUUUCAGUUAGUGUUUAGUGUAUGCUAACAACUAAUAAAUUAGGAAGCAAAUGUUUCCUAACUUUACCCAGCUGUGACAGUUGGAAAAGCCAUGUUUGGUGGUGUUUUCUAUUGCAUACUGUAUAGUAAGCAUGUUUUUGGGAAAUUAAGCUACAGGUUAUCACAGGUUUCUCCAAGAAGAGUGUACAGUUCGUUUUCUUUAACAAGACAGGGUUCAGGUAAAAGCUACUGAGCUUGGGCUGGAGAGAUGACUCAGAGGUUCAGAGUACUGGCUGCUCUUCCAGACACCCCGAGUGAGUUCAUUUCCCAGCAACCACAUGGUGGCUCACAACCAUCUAUAAUGAGAUCUGAUGCCUUCUUCUGGCGGGCAUGCAAGCAUGCAGAUAGAACACUGUAUACAUAAUAAUAAUUAAAAAAAGAAAACAAAAAGUUACUUAGCUUGUAAAAUUAAGGGGGAUGGAAAACAUCCAGCACUUCCUCUGCCUUCGACCCCUCUCUCUUUCCCUGGGCUGUGAGAACAAUGACAAGGCCUUUAAUCACACAUUUAGGAUCCGUAGUUUUCAGACCUGGAAAGGAAAAGAGAGACCAGAGAAGAAUAGCAUCUUUUCCCUCUUUUAAUGACACUUUUUAUUUGAAGUCCCAUUUCUGGAAUUUCUUAAACAAUAGUCUAAUUAGAUUUUUUUUUUUUACCCCCUCUGGCCCUCCAGGACAGCCAUUCUGCCCCUGAGCUAUGUGUGAAGUUUAGCUUUUGGAAACAGGAAAAAAAAAAAUCUGGGAGCAAUAAUCCAUUUCUACCAAGGUUGACAUUACAAUGUGGAUCUAUGAUUUCUUAAAGACUGGGCCUCAGAACUAACUGGUUUUCAUUCCUCCCUGUCCAUGUUGCAGUUCACUGCCUAACCCAGGCUUGCCUCAGGAACACGCUGCUCCUCUGCCGUUAGCCUCCCAGGUUCAGGAGUUACAGGUGUGAGCUGCAGUGCUCAGCUUCUCGAGUCCUUUCAGGUUCUUCGUUUUCUGAGUCAGGGGCUUGGUCUGUACAGCAAGAGGCCGAAUGGAAAGUUCCAUCCUGCCAGGCGGUGGUGGCGCUCGCCUUUAAUCCCAGCACUUGGGAGGCAGAGGCAGGCGGAUCUCUGUGAGUUCGAGACCAGCCUGGUCUACAAGAGCUAGUUCCAGGAUAGGCACCAAAACCACAGAGAAACCCUGUCUCAAAAAAAGAAAAGAAAAAGAAAGUGCUCCUUGGGAGUGUUGGGAUUGCUCCAUCAUACCCCAUACCCAGCUAAUUGCCCAUAUUUUUGAAGUUUUUCAGAGAAAUGACUCACAUAGGUAUCGCGGAAUAUAGCAAAUGUUUAAUUAAUAUAAAGUAAUGAACAAUUUGACUCUAAGCAAAACAUUUUAAAAGAGUUAAGCUGCCGGGUGGUGGUGGCGGCAGGCACCUUUACUCCCAGCACUCAGGAGACAGAGGCAGGCCGAUCUCCGAGUUUGUUGCCAGUCUGGUUUACAAAGUGAGUUCCAGGACAGCCUGAGCUACACAGAGAAACUCUGUCUUGAAAAACAAAAAGAAAAAAGGGGGAGGGGGAAUAAUUAAACUGAGUGCCUGUAAUCCCAGCAUGCAAGACGCUAGGCUAGUUUCAAGGCUACCACUUGAGUUCAGAGCUGCACUGGUGUUCACAUAGUAAGACCCUGUCUCAGAAAAACGAAAGAUACUAUUGCGGACAGCAGGACAAUGGGAUUGAAAGUCCAUGUUUCAACUUGAAGCAAAAAUAUGAACGCGAUGUAAAAUUGAGUGAAAACCGAUAUAUGGAGUUUGGAGGAGGAGGAGGAGGUGUAGAAUUCAGGUCUUGAUUAGGCUAAUCCAACUGUAGCUGAAAUACCCCGUGGGAUCGUGGUUACAAGCAUGGCCAGGGUGUGCCCCUAAGAGCCAGGUGGAGGUGGUUGAUGGUAACUUCUCACUGGUUAAGCGAUAUCCCUUUAUAUCACUAAUAAAUUUAUGUAUUUACUAUAUCUCUGAAAAAAAUCUUAAAAGCCAGUUUAAUAGCUGUAAUAUUGAAGAGUAAAACUGCCCUUUUUAACAAAAAGAGAUAACACCAAUGCUAAAAGAAAAAGACCCAAACAUGUAUAUGCAGCUGAAAAGUUUAAAAUUGGACAUUCCUAAUCUGAACUGACUUUAUCAUUAAGAAUUGGAUAUGAUAGCACAUACUUGAAAAUCAGCAUUUGGGAGGUUGAACCAGGAGCACCAAGAGUUCGAGGCCAGCCUGGACUACGUGAUACCAUGUCACAGGUUGUUUAAAAGAAAGAAAAGAGCUGCCCCACCCCAUUGAUGUGUUUCGAUCAUUUCCUCAGCUUCAUUCACCGUCCUCUUUUUCUGUGUAAGUCCUUCCCAAUGACAAAAUGCCAGUUCUCUACCAUUAACUAGGAUUGCAGGGGAGCAUAUUCUCAUAGAGUCCUGUCCUCGGUGCUCAGUAGCUCAGCUCAGGAAACUAGGUAUGAUAGGCAUGGGCACUCAGAAACUAGCACAAGUGAUGCCAUCCUUCAUAGGAAGAAUUUGAAGCUGAGCAUUGCAGCUUAGGAAACCCACAAUCUGCCCAAAGUCAGGCUCCCGAUAAUCGGAGCAUCCAUUUCUUCAGCACGCUAUAUUUAGAUGUUUUGCACACAUAAUUUUAAUUGAUUCUCAUUCCCUUUGUGGUAAGUAUACUAAUUUUUCAGAUAGGGGGAGGGGGCUAAUGUCCAAAAACUAUCUUUCCUAAGCCACACAAACUGUAUAUUCGACCUGGAAUUUGAACUUAAUCUUUGGCGUAGGCUACGUUCUUGUCCUUAAUCGUGAAGACUCAUGUUCCGUCUAUAAAGAAGUGCCUUUUCAGCAUAGCACACACGACAAAGGUCGUGUGAGGCUGUGCUCCUUGGGCAUCUCAUCUGUGGUACCUGGUAAGGUGGCUGGUUAGUGGGUACUUAGGAACAAUCUGAGGUGAGGUGCCGAAAGCAGAAAGCAAAUGAAUGUGUCAUUCGGAAUGUUGUAGACUUGAAAUGCUGAGGAAUGUUUUGGUUUGCUUCAUUUAAAUUUAAAACAUUUCGUGGAAUAGUUAGUUAUGUGAGGGCCCAAUAAUCAGUAGAAAGUUAGUUUGAAUUCACAUUGCAGGUCUCUGGUGGGCUUCCCUUCCUCCCCCUGUGCCUGCUCUGUGUGUUUUAGUUUCCACCAGCCUGUUUCCUUGUAUUGGUCAUGGAACUGGUGAGUUGAAGAAGUCGGACUCCUUGAACAAAUCUUCCCAAGGGGGAAAAAAAAAAAACAAGAUAACAAUAACCAGUUUCUUUAUUGCUCUAAUAGAUGUGGGUAAGAAGCUCACUAUUUCCCUCCCCCACUGGGAUAGUGUGGUUGCUUUAUCAAAGGACUGCUUAAAAACAAAAGGCGGUUAUUCUAACGAUGUGUAACUCCAUUUAUGAGAACCUCUGUAGAUGUCUGGGAAGCUCCUCAAAGGUGGUCUUACAAGAGAAGUAAGCGAUGACCCCAGGAGGUCGCAGCUUCACAACCACCCCAGUCCAGCAGCACUCAAGACAAGGCAGUGCUUUCAGGAGAGCAGUACGAUCCUGACCUUCGCAGCUGUUAUUCAAUGUCUAUACAACAGUUUAUGCUAAAGCUGCCACUUUAAUAAUUUAGCUACCAUACGUCAAUGAGAUGGAGAAUGUUCCGUGACUGGUCAUUCAAAUGGCCCGCUCCGCACUGCUCCCUGUCAGUCUCUAGGACACAUGAUGGAUAUAGUCUCAAAAACAGGUGUAAUUUAGCUUUUUAGGAAAAGGCCAAAAGAGAAGGAUUUUAAUAUUUAUGUCUGUCAGUGACAGUUGGUAAAUAGAAACUAACCAGAUGACAGAAACAACUUGUAAACCCAUGCUAACUUUGAACCAAUUGAUUACUAACAUAUGCCCAUACAGACAUACAUAAUUGAAGUUAGCAUUGAGUUUAAAUCUUGAGCUUCCUUAUGGCAAGAGAACCAAAUUAUUGAGGCAGAUUAGUAGUGAGAGAUUUUCUUUGUAUCAAAAUCCACAGAUCAAUGGAGGGCAGAAGGUCAUUAACACUGAAAGAUGAUGAAAAUUACAAUUCAAUACUUGGUUUUAUUCUAAUGUGUCAAUGUGCUAAUCACCGAGCUAAGUACAAAAAUCACAGGGAAAGGCUAGUACCUGAGGAAGCUGACAAAAGACAUUGCAGAGCCAAGAAUAUUAAUAAUUUCAUGCAAGAAAAUUUCCAUUGAAAAAAGCUGGUUAUGGUAGCAUGUACCUUUAAUCCCAGCACUUGGGAGGCAGAGACAGGCAGACCCCUGAGUUCAAGGACAGCCUGGUCUACAGAGCAAGUUCCAGGGCUGCACAAAUAAACCCUGUCUCAAAAAACUAAACAAACAAAAAAGAAAAUUGCAUAGUAGUCUGUAAUGACCUAUUUCAGAAAGGACUGGAGUUAAACAUACAACCUUUAAGCUGUACUUACCAUUGCUGUUAUUCCGCUUAAACCAAUAUUAUACCCGUGUAUUUGCUCUGUCAAGUGAAUAGGCAGAGCUAGGGCUUUGUUCUGCUCUGAAGAUGGGGCCUCAGAGAGCCCAGCCUGUUCUUGAACAGGGUGAUCCCCCUGCCUCCACCUCCCAGUGUCAUAUCACAAACAUGGAUCAACACACAGCUACAUUGCUGUUUCUGAUGGAACAGAUCUAAGCACCCAGAUUAUGAAGAUCACCUUUUCCUUCAGAUGCUUCAGAUAUGUUCCCUAAUGUGAGAAAAAUAUCUUAAGGGGCUAAUUAAAAAAAAAAAAGAUAUUAGUAUUAGGGCAAAGCAUUCCUACAAAAAUAUCACCUUGCCCAUUAUUGGGGGGCAGGUUAGGAGAGUUACAAACCCAGAACUACUCCCGGCUACGUUUGUACUUGGUUUGCAUUUGCAAAUAUACACCUAAUAUUUGUGGAAAGUCGUGCUGGAGUGAUGGCGAGGACUAAAACCACGAACUGUCGCAUUCAUCACAUCAUUCAGUCAGACAUUCGUCAUUAGCAAACACUGCAACACUAUCUCAUUUGAAGGGCAGCCCCUCUUGCCCUGCUCCCCUCAUCUGACACUCAUUUCGUCGUUACACACACACACGGACACGGACACAGCCAUGCUUACAUAGACCAUAUGGAAACAAAGCUAAAAGGUGCCCUGCAUUUGAAGACUACACUAGUGAUAAUAGUUUAUAAGUUCAAGCUCUAAUGGCUGUUCUCUUGUUCCUACUCUGUUCCCUCCGCAGCGUGCCAGGGCCAAAGAGAAAAUAUUCUGACCUUAGCAUGAUGUUGUCUUGUAGAGCGGUUGCCUUGUGAUGUUUUUUUUUCUUGAGUUUUGUCUUUUUCUGU